CAUAAUCACUAUGUUGAUGUGCAGCUGAUGGCACGGCCACGGAAGAGAAUUAUAGAAUAGAAUAAUAUAGAUAAAGAAAUCAAUUUCCUGUCUUACUUCUAUAAUAGUUCUUAGUUCUGUUAGUUAUAAUUUAUGUGUGUACAAAGUGUGUGUUCGGAGGAAGGAAAGAACGAACGAUAAAAUAAUAACAAACCACUCAGUGACCGCGGCGACACGGCUUGGGAGACGCGAUCUGCGACAGUCAUCGGUCAGUACUCAGUAGCAGAGUUGACGCGCGUUCAUUAGGUAUUUCGACAGUUUCGUCCGUUUGCGUUACGAACUAGUGACGGACAAUAAGUAAUAAUAAUAACGAUUUCCACAGCGUCAAAAAAAAAAAAAAAACGAAUUUAAAAUAAUACAAAACAAAUAACUCGGCCGCCGUCUAAAUAGUAAAUAUGAUCAACUGCGGUGAAAUCGUAUGUGGCAACCGUCAUUUCUAUUACUCAACAUUUCACGGCUAGGUUUUUAGUCACUUCGCACAGGUACAUUUGUGUUUGAACUCGAAACGAGAGUUGUAAUUCGGUAACCAACGACACUACUCGAUCAAACGACGCUUUUUGGACUUCAGGCGUUUAACGUCGUCUCAAUUAGAAGACCAAAGAUCAAAAAUGGAUCCAAUGGCACUAGUGACGCAAUAUAAUUUAUUGCAAAAUGGUCCUCCGGAAGAAUCAAAACUUGCUACUUAUAUGAAACGUCAAAAUAAUGCAUCACCUCAAUCAUCAUUGUACUCAACUUUAUCAAAAAAUUAUUCUAAUUUAGAUAUAAACCAGUCAUCUGUAUCAAUGAAAAAGGCAGUUGACAAUUUUCAGGCAUCUAUACCAACUGUUGAUUUCGUACCUAGAAAUCUAGUUAGUUCGUUAAAUAAUCCUGAUGGUCCCUCAAUGUACGCUAAAGACAAAUCUCAGCCAAUACAAGCAUAUCAGAAAAAUGUCAAUGGUACAACAUAUUUCUAUCCUCCAGACACUAAUGGCAGCAACCAACCAAAUGGUAACAUUUUUGAUGAUCCGUCUGGAUACUUACCAAUGCCAUCUGUUGAAUCACCAACAUCUUCAUUAUAUGCCCAAGAUGACUUAAGAAGAGAUUUAUUGCAUAGAAAUGCUUUAUCAAUGGCCUCACCAGACUCAGACCGAUGGCCAGAUUUACCAGAAACUAUUGAAGAUUAUCAUGAUGUUUAUCCACUAGAUAUAUAUGGACACUCUUCUAAAAUAUUGUCAUAUAGUACAUCCACUUAUCGAGCAACUUAUUCAAAGACUGGAGAGAAAUGUUGUUUGAAACGAAUUCAUGGUUUUCGACUAACAAUUACAAAAUAUGCUCCGUUAAUUGAAGCUUGGAAAAAAAUCAAUCAUGCAAAUAUUGUUCAGUUAAAGGAUGUAUUUAUAACAAAAGCUUUUAAUGAUACUUCAUUAAUGUUUAUUUUUAAUUAUCAUCCGGAUUCUGAAUCUUUACAAACACGACAUUUCAAUUCUAAUGAAACAAUGAAUGGUUAUAACGAUCCAUUUAGUUCUGAUCCAAAUGCACCACGACCUUACAGCCACACUAAAAAUGCAAUUUUACGACAUCAGCAUAGUAAUGGACUAUUAUCUGAAAAUACACUAUGGAAUUACGCGAUUCAACUUAGUAGUGCACUCCGAGUAAUACAUGGAUCUGGAUUGGCAUUACGGGGUCUUUGUCUAAAUAGAGUUUUAGUGACCGGUCAUGUAAAUAACAGAGCAAGAUUACGAAUCAACUGUGUUGCUAUAACAGAUAUUUUAAUAAAUGAUAUGGCCAGUUCAAACAUGAUUGGUCAUUUUCAACAAGAAGAUUUAACAGACUUUGGUAAGCUUUUAUUAGCACUGGCUUGUCGAUCUCUGAUAGCAGUCCAUCAAGAUAAUCUUGCUACUUCAAUUGAUUUAAUGGCACGCUCAUACAGUAGUGAUAUUCGUAAUAUAAUAAGGUAUUUACUGAGUACUCAAAGACGGCAUAUUACAGAGUUAAUGCCAAUGAUAGGAGCCAGAUUUUACACGCAAUUGGAUGCUGCGCAGAAUCACUCCGACAAUUUGGAAAAUGAGCUAUCAAAAGAAAUGGAAAAUGGCCGUUUAUUUAGAUUACUUGUGAAACUUGGAUCAAUUAACGAACGACCCGAGUUUAAUUUAGAUCCAGCAUGGUCAGAAACUGGUGAUCGAUACAUGUUAAAAUUGUUUAGGGACUAUCUAUUUCAUCAAGUGACUGAAGACGGACGUCCUUGGCUGGAUAUGUCGCACAUAGUUCAAACUUUAAAUAAACUUGAUUCUGGAUCUUCAGAUACUAUUUGUUUGUAUUCACGCGAUGAAAAGACCAUAUUAGUGGUUAGCUAUCAAGAAUUAAAACAUUGUUUAGAACAGUCAUAUUGUGAAAUUGCCUCCGUGGCUGCGUCCGAUGAUCAUAUUAAGGCUGAAUAAUCUUCUUAGAAGUCCUACCGUAGGACUUUCGGAUAAUUAGCAAUAAGUCCAAGUACUUAAUUUAUAAUAAUUAAGAUAAAUUUAUUACAUGAUGGAUUAAUUAACUUGGUUGAAUGCUUAAAAGUGCUAAUUUUUACAUUUUUAUUUUCUUUUCUUCUAAUUUUAUUUUAAAUUAUAUAAUUAUUUUUUUUACCAAAUUUCAUUCCUAAUUCAACAUUCCAAUCAUAAGUGUUGCAAAAAUUAACUUAACUUGAGUUUGUUUUUCAAUUUGCUUCCAUUUGGCUGUGUAUUUACAAAGAAUAUAUAUAUUUUAAACAUAGAGCAAUAAUAAAACAUUAUAUCAUAGCUAGCUUGAAGUUGAUAAUUACAAUUUUAGUAAAUUUUUGGUCUCUCAAUUGUUAUAUUUUUUGUUACAUUUAAUAUUGUGUUAGGAAUGGACAAGAUGAUAAAUAUUUAAUGAGACUUAAGUUGUCUUUCAAUAUGUGUUCUAAUUUAUUUUGUUACCUAAAAUUGAUAAACAAUAAUAACAAUUAAACUUUAUAUAAACACUUUUAUACCAUUGUCUCUAUAUUCAGUCAUUAUAGCAUUACUAAAUGAUUCAAAUAAUUUACCAUUUGAUAAAUGGUGUGCAUAGUCUUUAUAUAUUAUGUUAAUUAUAGAUUAUUUUUA